CUUCAUUCCUCCUGUAUUCCUCAUUCCUCCUCUCUCAGAGACUGCAGCAGUUGCUGUGCUUUUGCUUUAGCUUCGUUGAAGAGUUCACCAGUCUGAAGUUACAAUGGCCGGAAGAGGAACUGUGAAGGCCCAGAGUGGGUUCAAUGCCAAUAAUGAUGCCGAGGCUCUUCACAAGGCAAUGAAAGGACUGGGCACCAAUGAGGCAGCCAUUCUGCAGCUGCUGACUGCCCGCAGCAAUGCUCAGCGCCAGCAGAUCAAGGCUGCCUACAAGACGCUGCAUGGCAAGGACUUGGUGAGUGAACUGAAGUCUGAGUUGGAAGGGAAGUUUGAGACUCUAAUUGUGGCGCUGAUGGCUACACCGGUUAUGUUUGACGUGACUUCACUGAGGAAUGCCAUUAAGGGGGCGGGCACUGAUGAGAAGGUAUUGAUUGAGAUCCUGGCAUCGAGAAAUCAAAAUGAGAUUCGAGAAAUUAUCAAGACCUACAAACAGGAGUACGACCGUAGCCUGGAGGAUGAUGUGACUGGUGACAUUGGUGGACACUUGAAAGAAAUGCUGGUCAUUUUGCUACAGGCCAACAGACAGCCGGGCAUACAAGAGAGCACUAUCCAGAGUGAUGCUCAGGCACUCUUUAAUGCAGGAGAAAAGAAGUUUGGUACUGAUGAGGAUCAGUUCAUCACUAUUUUGGGGAACCGCAGUGCUGAACACCUUAGGAGAGUAUUUGACGCAUAUAUGAAACUGUCUGGACAUCAGAUCGAGGAAAGCAUACAGAGAGAAACUUCUGGAGGUCUGAGAGAAGUACUGCUGGCUGUAGUAAAGUGUGCCAGGAGUGUUCCUGCCUAUUUAGCUGAGUGUCUGUACAAAUCCAUGAAGCAGGGUGCAGGCACUGAUGAUGCGACCCUGAUAAGGAUUAUGGUCUCCCGCAGUGAAAUUGACCUGCUGGAUAUACGUGCAGAGUUCAGAAAGGCAUUUGCAACUUCUCUGCACAAAAUGAUUAAGAAUGACACCCAUGGUGACUAUUGCAAAACGCUGCUUCUGUUGUGUGCUGGUGAUGAUGCCUAAAUCCAAAAAACAACUUGCAUUGCAGAGCAUUUUGAUUUAAAAAAUGUAAUGCAUUUGACAAAUAUAAUGAAAUUCUAAAUAUCUAUUUUUUGAACAUGCAACUAAUACCAAAGCUGCAGCUAAUAGCAAUAGUGAUGGCAUAAUGUUUUAAUAAUCAAUAUCAGUGAAGGCUAUUUUGAUCGUGGAAGUUUUCUGUGCUUAACAGUACUUGUGUUACAGUCUGCAGUUUGUGAAACGGGACUGGUAAUGAAAGAAAAGCUUAAGAAGCCAGUUGGUGUAAAAGACAGAUGUUGCUAAAUUAACCAAGCGCUCACUUAAGAUUAUUUCUCAUGCUGCUUUCAU